AUGGGCAGAGAGGGAAAUGCGACCGACAAGGCCGCGAGAAUGGUCGGCCACACCACCAAUGAUGGCAUCCGCGGCACUCGCCAAUCCACCUCCCACGCCAAUGGAAAGGGAUACGGGAGGAGCGGGGCCGGCAUGCCCAUCCCCGUAAACCGACCUCUCCAUCUCGGCCCACCGACCGCGUCUGCUCAUGCUACGGUAGAGGUGGGCAAAAUCCUGGUCGUCGGAGGACUGCUCCUCCAUCAUGUGGAUGACGACGGGGCAGUUGAGGUGAUUGGCAUGCACUCCCAGCUUCCCACAGAAGCAGCAGGAUUGGGCGGCGCAUCUGAUGCAGGUUCCCACCCCGCGAGAGUCGAUGCGAGCUUGCGGGAUGAAGGACCUGCAUUCGUAGAUUGGACAGUAGAGCGGGCGCUCCUGGUAGAGCCCUUCGUGGUCCGAGCGAAUGAUGAUCCUGGUAGACAUGAUGGUUUUUUUUUUCUUUUUCUGUUUCAAAUUAGAAUAGAGUAUCAUCACGUGAUGGGGGGUUUCUCCAAGGUGAGAUAUCUUACAAAGAGAGAGAAUGUGUGUGUGGGGAUGGACAGAUUACCGGACCUUCCAAGCGAGCGGAAUGGGAGCGCAGCCAAGGGUGGUGAUGACACUGAUGAGGGAGUUGGUGGUGGACACGGGGGCGAGAGUGUUUGA